AACUCAAAGUUUCGUUUCGAACUCUCUCUGUGUUCUUUUAUUCCUUUGUUUCAUUUUUAGUCUCUGUGAAGAUGGGGAAUUGCUCUCAAAGAGCAGUAUCCGACGGUGGUGGUUCAGUUACCGUAAUUCAGACAGAUUCAAGAAACAUCAUGGAAGAAUAUUACAGAAACCGGGGGUGUAGCUCGUUGCCAAUAACCAGGGAGAAAACUCUAGGGUACCUUGUUAGACAAGGUACUUUAAGCCCUAGAACAGUUGGGCCAAAGAUACAAGUGUCGCCGCAAAGAAGAAACGGAGUUUGGAAAGCGAAAGUGGUGAUCGGAAGCAAACAGCUUGAAGAGAUUUUGGCGGUUGAAGGCAAUACACACGCUUUGAUUGAUCAGCUCCGGUUUGCUGCAGCUGCAGCUGAAGCUUCUUCAAACUCUGCCUCAGAGAUGGUUCGAGGUAGAAGAAACUUAUCGUCCGGAUCCCGAAAAAACAGUGACACAUACUUCUGUUAGGUUUGAUGAUCACAGAUGUUUUCUUUUUUUUUUUUGCGAGAUUUCUCAUUUCUAAUCCUUGUGAGCAAAAAGAGUAUAUUGUAAAGCAAACCCGUUUCAGAAAUGAAAAAGUAUACAA